AACCGAAAUUAAAAUGUUCAUUAUUUGUGCAAUUUUGUUAUCAGUUGCAUUACAAUAUAAUGUAUAUUCUAGGGAGUUAGGUCAAAGGCGUCUGUACUCUCUGGAGGAGACUCCAACACUUUUCGAACAGUUUAUAAAAGAUUACAAUAAAGAGUAUGAUGAGAGCGAGAAGGAAGAAAGGUUUAAAAUAUUUGUGAACAAUUUAAAGGAUAUUAACGCUAUGAACGAGAGGAGUUCGAAUGCUGUUUACGGUAUCAAUAAGUUUUCGGAUCUGAGCAAAGAAGAAUUCAUGAAAUUUUAUACCGGUCUGAAACGAGAAGAGAGUCCAUCGAAUGAGGAUCAUAAAAAAACUGAUUUGCCAGAAUCAUUUAAUGUUACUGCACCGGAUCAAUUUGAUUGGCGAAAGAAAGGAGUUGUUAGCAGCGUAAAGAUUCAAGGAGAUUGUGGUUCAUGCUGGGCAUUUAGUGCAGCUGCUAAUGUCGAAAGUAUACAUGCUAUAAAGACUGGUAAGCUCAUAGACGUGUCUGAGCAACAACUACUGGACUGUGAUAAAUAUGAUUCGGGAUGUUCAGGAGGACUCGAAUGGAUUGCCAUGAGAUAUUUCGUCGCUAAUGGUGCAAUGUCUUUGAAGUCUUAUCCUUACGUUGCUAAAGAAGGAAAAUGCCGUUAUGAUAGCAGUAAAGUUGAAAUAAGAUUAAAGGAAUAUAAACACAUAGAAAAACUAUCGGAAGACCAAAUUAAGGAACAUCUUUACAAUAUCGGACCGUUGAGUAUAGCUAUAACGUCAUCAGGACUUGCAUGGUAUAUAGGGGGAAUUCUGAUUGAAGGGUGUCAUGUCAGUUAUAUAGUCGAUCAUGCUGUUCUUUUGGUAGGAUACGGAACAGAAAACGGCGUUGACUACUGGAUCGUCAAGAAUUCUUGGAGUCCGGAUUGGGGGGAAGAUGGUUAUUUUAGAAUGAAGAGGGGAGUGAAUUGCUUAUUGGUAACUGAAUGCGGAAUUACAACAGCUGUUAUAUAAAACAAUAAAUGUUUGAAAUAGAUAUUACUAUUUAUUAUUGUAAGACAAUCACUUCUAUUCUAUAAAGUCAGUAUUUGGAACCAUACCUCAUUACGUACAACUUACUAACCGUUUAGCCACGAGGUCGAAAGAUCUUAAAGCAACGAAAUCUUUUGAUAAUCAACAAAUAUU